UGUGUUCAAAAAUUAAAUGUUGAAUUUUUAGUAGAACUUUUUUCUGAUUGUUUUAGAGACUUAGUGGACGUUUUGGAUAAGUGUCGAGUUUAAAAUAUUAAAAUGGAAGUUGAUGUAGCGGAUAUAAAAAGACAUAACAGUUUUACAAGCCCGAAUAUAAGAAGAGCACCAAUAUCAAAGAGGGUAGGAAGGGAACGUUGUCACAGUUAUAAUGCACAAGAUAGUAAGAAACCCGGUUCUCGCUUACAACCAGCAAAAAUGUCGUUUAGAGUGGUUCGUAGUUCAAAAUUCCGCCACGUUUAUGGGCAAGCCCUGAAAAGGGAACAGUGUUAUGAUAACAUCAGAGUAUCCAAGAGUUCGUGGGACUCUACGUUUUGUGCAGUGAACCCCAAAUUUCUGGCUAUCAUCGUUGAAUCUGCUGGUGGAGGCGCCUUCAUAGUUCUACCACACAAUAAGGUCGGACGCAUCCCCGCCGAUCACCCGCUUGUGGGUGGACACAAAGGCCCCGUACUUGACAUAGCAUGGUGUCCACACAAUGACAAUGUCAUCGCUAGCGGCUCCGAAGACUGUGUUGUUAAGGUGUGGCAGAUCCCCGAUGGUGGGCUUUCUCGCACUCUGACUGAACCAGUGGUGGAUCUUGUGUACCAUCAGCGGCGCGUUGGACUCGUUCUGUGGCAUCCAACAGCACAGAACGUGCUACUCACAGCGGGCUCUGAUAACCAGAUAGCGAUAUGGAACGUGGGUACGGGGGAAGUGCUGAUAAGCCUGGACUGUCAUCCGGACCUCAUAUACUCCGCCUGCUGGAAUUGGACCGGUUCCAAGCUCCUUACAACCUGCCGAGACAAGAAGAUCAGAAUAAUCGACCCUCGCAAAGGUGAAGUCGAAUCGGAAGCGAUUGCACAUGAAGGCAGUAAGGCGUCCCGCGCGAUAUUCCUUAAACAUGGUCUUGUUUUCACUACUGGGUUCAGCCGCAUGUCGGAGCGCCAGUACUCUCUGCGCACGCCGGACGCGCUCAACGAGCCCAUCGUCACCGUGGAGAUCGACACCAGCAACGGGGUCAUGUUCCCGCUCUACGACCCCGACACCAACCUCAUCUACCUCUGCGGGAAAGGUGACUCGGUCAUCAGGUACUUCGAGGUGACUCCGGAACCUCCUUUCGUGCACUACAUCAACACUUUCCAGACGCCUGAUCCACAGAGAGGAAUUGGCAUGAUGCCGAAGCGAGGCUGCGAUGUCGCUACGUGUGAGAUCGCAAAGUUCUAUCGCCUUAACAACUCCGGCUUGUGCCAGGUGAUCUCGAUGACGGUUCCGCGCAAGUCGGAGCUGUUCCAGGAGGACCUGUACCCCGACACGCUCAGCGACGAGGCCAGCCUCACCGCCGACGAGUGGCUCGCGGGCGAGGACGCGGAGCCCUGCACUAUGUCGCUAAAGGAGCGCGCGCUGCUUGUGCAGGGCGGGUACGUGGCCGGCCGCUCCACCACGCUCACCGUCACCAAGCGCAACGCGCUGGCCACGCCGCGCGACCGCGAGCGCGACAAGGAGCCCGAGCGCUCGCCCACGCCCGCCGCGCGCGACGCGCCGCCCGCCGCCGCCACGCCGCCGCCCGCCUUCACCGCCAUGGUGGAGAAGCAGUUGUCCGACCUAGUCGAGGAGAUCCGCAAGCUGAAGUCCGUGAUCGUGAAGCAGGAGAACCGUAUCCGCGCGCUGGAGGCGACGGUGAAGGCGGGCCUGGCGCCCCCCGCGCCCUCGCCGCCCGCCCCCUCUCCACCCUCUCCCCCCAACAACCACGACGACGCCAUGGCGCCCGACGAGGUUUGAGCCCGCAUCGAACAGAUGAUUGCCAGCGGAAUGUGAAAUGUGUGCGAUAUAGACCAAUUUUCUACAACUUCUGAUUAUUAUUUUUUUUUAAUUUUGAGUCGAAUUGUGUAUAGAUAAUAGAAUCAAUGUGAAUGUUUUUUUUUAUUUAUUGGCUUUUCUAUUUAUUAUUUUCAUUUUUGGAAUUGAGGAUAUUGUUUACGAAGAAAUUAUUUUAAAUGAAUAAGUGACAGCCAUAAUAAUAUAUAACGAACAUUGUGAUGUAACUCAGAGAUGAAUAAGUGAGAUUAAUUAUAAAUUAGUAAUCUCGCUUUAAAAAAUAUAUCUUACACAAUUCGCUGAUAUUAUGUUUGGAGAUUAUCUAUUUUUUUGGCCAAAAAAUAACUUUCGUUAUAAAGAAAUUAAACAAACGAACUUUUCAUGACUGGAGAAGGGAAGACGGUUUUCUUUUCAAAACAAGAAUCUAUUAUAACUAAACUAUUAUAUUGGUAACAAGUGCAUGCCACAUGCAAAAAAUAACAGCAUAAUACCUAAUUAUACAAAAUAUUUAUUAAAUAAUAUUAUUUUCAUCCAAUCUAAGCCUUUGACUUUGGCAUCACAGACUAUCCGAACAAAAUUAGAACUACUGUUAAUUAUGGCAUGUGGCAAUGCUACGCACAACGACAAUAAAAUAUAUAUAAAUAUUGAUAAGACUAGAUUUCGUGAUGUCAAUAUAAUCCACUUAAAUAUAUAAAUUCAUUUAAUAAUAUUUAUUUACUAAUAAUUACAGCUUAUCUUUGAAAAUCUUUUAAGAAACCCUUGUCUUUACAAAACAUUUAUUUAUUACAUUGUAAAUAUUAAGUGAAUAGUGAUAUCAACAUUGUGCCUUAUAUCGACGCAGUUUUCGUCACAAAAUCGGAUUUAUAAUUAUUGGUGAUGUACAAUUAUUGCAUUUAGUCAUUUUCUAAGAGAUUUACUCAGUAUAAAGGAGUGAUCUAAUGUUAGUGUUUUUCAAGAUGCGUGCACACUUUAAAAUAUUCUUAAUAAAUUGUUUUUAUUGUUAAAAAGUGUGUCUUAUCCCUCAGAUAAUAUUUAUGACAAUAAAUUCCAAAAAAUUGAGAAUCCUAUCAACUUUUCAUCUAGCUUUUAAUGCUGAAGCAAUAUGUUAUAAUUAUUUAUUUUACGUGUUUUUUUAAUGAAAAUGUAGUUUAACAUCAUGUAUAAAUAUGAAACAAGAUGGCGCCAAUAAUCAACAGUGAAACUUUGAAAAAACCUCAUUUUAGUUGAUUUUCACGACAUCUUGUGUCGUAUUUGAGUAAAAUACGGGAAUUAUAGUACGAAUCCACCCAUCGCGAAGCACUGCGAGAGUUAUAUAUGACAUUUUCACAUACUUGAAACAAAUUGAAUAUCACUCAAUUAAAGAGUUAAAACUUGAUUAUUUUAUCAAAUUAUAUGUGAAGAUCUCACGCGGUGUCCCUGCUUUAGGUUAGGAGUCCAGUAACGGUGCUUAUAAAUGCGAAAAUCGCUUUUAAAAUAAUUACUGACUCAGUGCAUUAUUUAUCGUUUUAGUGCUAGUUAUUUACUCUAUACUAACCCUUAAAAUAUUUAUAUAGUGCUAUCCCCCGCUCACAUUUAAAAGGUUAAUUAUAAUUAUCUAUACUGCUUGCGUAUUAGGCCAACAUUGGCUCAAAUGUAGCUUGUAACUUUUAUAUUCUCGACAAUUUAGCCAUUCAUAUUUCACAUUAGAUUUAACGAAAACACAUUGUUAUGAUAUGAUAAAGCGAAGUGGCCCCGAACGUCCAACAUUAAUACCACAAAAUCCCGUCGAACGUUUUGACCCUUGCGAUCGUAACUCGGUGUAUUUGACAGCUAGUCACGUCACAUUAAAUUGACAUUUGACAGGUUAAGUUAUGCUGUCUCACUCUGGACAGCAAGUAUUAUAGUUUAAAUAAAUAGUAUUAUUAUUAUGACGAUUCUUUUUUCUAAUUUUAAGAUGGCGUAAUUUUAGAUGUUCUAUAUUUAAGAUCAUGACAAGGCAGUGUAUGGUAUUAGUUUGUAUGAAAUGCUUUACCUUCGAGGACUUCGUGUAAAUUAUUUCUUGUAUUUUGUAUGUGAAGCUUCGUUUUAUAUUACUAUUAUGUUUUUUUUUUCUUAUGUCUAACCGUGUAUUUAAACGCAGGAAUAACGAGCUAUUGUGUACUUAUUGUAAAUGUUAUUCGCGACAAUACUGUAUUAUGCCGUUGAGUUAACGUAUUUUGUUCACGAAUGGCAAUAUAUAAAACGUUUAUGGUAAAUGAUUAUAAAUAAGUGCCAAAUUACAUUUAAUCAAUGCUCAAAUUGGUAAAAUAUUCAAAUUAUUUUAAAAGCUGAUAGUUUUAAAUAUUGCCAGUUAACAAAAUGAUUUUGAAAUAUAAUCGAAUGAGGCCUGUCGCUUUUAUACUAAAUGAAAAUGACCAUUAUUUACGUACAUACAGACGAAAUGUCGUGUAAAUAUAAGCCGUUUUAAAAAAAAUAUGUGGUCAUAAUUGAAAAUAGUAAAAUAUUAGCGCACAAUAUCGAAAAAUUAUUAGAAAAAAUUGAAACAGAGUAAAUGUGUAGGAUUGAUAAAAAAAUAAUAAUAAUUCGAUUGAAACAAUUAUGUAAUUAAUAUGUUGUUGACAUUUAAAACAUCACAAAUAAUAUAAAACAAUAAAAGAUUCCUCUUUCUCUCAACUCAAUAAGCAAUUGUAUACUGGAACUUCUUACUUCUCAAUUUAUCAGAAGUUUGUCUCGUGUAAUAAAAUCUAUCGAUAAUAAUUUGUUGUUAUUUGACUUGUUUAAUAAGCUUAAAGUUUUUACGAACUGGUGCUAAAUGAAACGUGCUAAAUAUUUGCAUGAGUUAUAAAUCCUAAUUUCGUUGACAGAGUAAAAAAUUCCAAGCUAUUUUUUUUUUAUUAAAAAUGACAUAUUUGUAAAAAAAGUAAGUUUGAAAUGAUAUAAAAAAAAAAGUUUAUUUUAUAUUCUGUCAAUGAAGUGAAUCAUUGCCGAUAUUAAUGCUUCAUAAUGGACUAUACGAUUGUAAUUCAUAUGUAGGUGUUAAGUGCCUUGUUGUGUUAGAUAAAUACUCAGAUCAAAUGUUGCAAUUAUGAAAGUUGAACAGAAAUAAAUGUCUAUUUUACUAUUUUCA